AUGGAGACCGACACUGUCAUCGUCGGCAAUGGGCCGUCGGCCAUGAUUCUCUCAUACAUUCUGCAUGGUCACAUUCCGUUUUAUUCGCGGAAUCCUCCGCAUCCAGAUUCUCUGCUUGACUCCAAGUUGAAGGACAUCCCGAACCUUCUGAAUGCCGAUGUCGACGCGCUUACCGCGCAUUUUGCGGCUUCUCGGUUAUCCUAUUCCACCCAGGCUCUCCCAGUGAAUGUACUGCUAGAUACGCUGGUGCGACCGAGCGUCGACGUGGAAGAAUCCAGCUGCACGUCGAAUGUCGAGUGGCGCCGUGUGCCUGAAAAGGCCAUCUCCCACCUCGUAUUCGGCGCCGCGCCUCGUCCGGGUGGUCAAUGGACCGAGGAUCCCCUUGGGGCGAGCUGGGACAUCCAGACAUUGAGCUAUGCGACUAUGCUCUCUUUGCCGGGCUAUUCGUUUGCCGAUCACCAUCGACAGAAAACUGGCCAGGAUCUUCCACCAUUCACCCGACCGACUAGACGUGAGAUCGCCGACUACUUCCAGGCUUACCCCGCCGCCGUCUAUGUCGAUGACGUUUUCCGAUGUGGGGAACAGUUGAGUGGCAUCUCCCGUACCGCAGACGGUUUCUUCAUUCAGUCUCACAACCUCCACUGCAAGCGAUUGGUGCUUGCAAGUGGCAUUUUCUCGGAGAUCCUUCAGCCUCCGCCCAUCCUGCAGCCGCUGGUCCGAACGCAGCUAACGCCGACUGUACCAUUGCUUGUCAUCGGAUCUGGGUUUUCAGCGGCAGACGCUAUCAUUUCUGCAUCUAAUGACCAGAAGAUCUUGCAUGUCUUCAAAUGGUCUCCCGAUGAUCGCCCGUCGCCGCUGCGGGGCUGUCAUCAACAGGCAUAUCCGGAAUACGCGGGCGUAUAUCGAUUAAUGAAGAGGGCCGCCCUUGCGGCCGCGUUGAAAAACAAAAGCCAGCGGCCAAAGUAUCGCCGCGGCACAUCGACUGGCUUUUUGGAGAGCCGACCUUGGGAUGAGUUAUAUGAGGGAGUCUCGAAUGUCGAAAUUAUGACCGUAGAGGCGAAAGAGGGCCUGGCCGAGGUCACCUUUCGUCGACAGGACGGGUCCACCUUUGUGCGGUCCGCCCGGGGCCUUGUAUACGCGGCUGGUCGACGAGGGACUCUGGGUUAUCUGGACUCGCAACUCCGCACAGAGGUGCUGGGGCAUGAUGAUGGAGACGACGUGGCCAUCUCGGGCCAGACUCUUCGGGCAAAAGCACUGGAUGAUUUGGAAGUUGCUCCCAAUGUGUAUAUCAUUGGUAGUUUGUCUGGUGAUUCCCUGGUCCGCUUCGCAUAUGGCGGUUGCGUCGCGGCGGCCGGGCGUCUGCUGGGUAGUAAAGAAGGCGAGCGGGAGUCACGCAGCAUUUGUAGCAGCGUUGUCUCGACACGACCGCAAUCGGCAUCACUGCAAGUGAUGAAUGGCAUGGAUGGUCAUCAUAUCUACCCAGCCAAUGGGUCUGCCUUGACUCGAGAGGAUACCUUGAGCAAGGUGUCCACGACCACCGCACCGAUGAGUGUACAGAGCUGGUGGAAAGCAAUAGCCCAUAUGUGGCGGGACUUGACACAAUAG